UGAGAGAAAAGUCAUAACAAUCGGGAGACUCGUGAAAGCGAUUCUAACGAGGGGAAACACAUCUGCAGAAUACGGCAGUUUUUGGUAAACUAAUGCAUUAAGAGACCUGUGCGCAAUAAUCUGCAUGUUAUUUAAGAUCAUCUGUAGAUCAUUUUAAAAGAUGGCAGCUUUGGAUGGGGCUGAAGAGUCGUCCUCUGCUCUGCGUUAUCGUGCUGUCUUACUGGGAAAAACAGGAAAUGGGAAAAGUGCUACUGGAAACUCCAUAUUGGGAAGAAAAGCUUUCCUUUCAAAGCUAAGCUUUAAAACUGUAACACAAGAAGUUAAAUGUGAAAGCAUCAACAUAGAUGGGGUGAAUCUUACAAUUUAUGACACACCAGGAUUAUUUGACCCUGGCAAUGAACUGAACCCUGAUGAGGAGUUAUAUCAGGGGCUUCCAGAGUUAUAUACACCAGACCCGCUUGUGUUUCUGCUGGUGAUCAGACCUACAAGAUUCACUCCAGAAGAGAAAAGAACUGUUGAGAUUAUUGAAGAUUACUUGCCUGACUGGCACAUGAAAAACACCUGGAUCAUUUUCACUGGAGGAGAUGAGCUGGAGAGAGAAGGUCUCACCAUAGAGGACUUAAUAGAAGAAUCAGAGGAUAUGAAAAAAGUUGUCCAGAAAUUUGACAACAGAUACUUUGUCUUUAAUAAUGUCACACAACACCCUGAACAUGGUGAAGUGAAACAGCUGAUUAAAGCCAUUAGAAAUGUUCAACCUCUGAGAUCUCCAGAGAUAGACCCUUUUCUACAGAGAAAGUCACCAGCGGAGCAUGAAACCAGCUCCAAUAAGAGAAGGUUACUUCUUCUGGGGAAGUCCGGCUCAGGGAAGAGUGCAACAGGGAACACCAUACUGAGACAAAAACUGUUUAAAUCUGAGCUCAGCUUAAGCCCAGUAACAAAACAGUGUGAAAUGCAUACAUCAGAUGUUUUGGGGAGAGAAGUGUCUAUUGUUGAUUCUCCUGGAUUUUCAGAUCUAGCUUUAAAACCUGAAGAUUUAGCCAAAGAGCUGGCGAAUAGUAUUGCCCUCUGCAGUCCAGGGCCUCAUGCCUUCCUGUAUGUGGUGUCACUCACAGGAAAAAUCAUACAGGAAGAUCAAAACCACAUUAAAAAUAUUGAAAUAAUUUACGGAGAAGAAGUAGUGAAGUACACAAUCCCUGUAUUCACCCACAGCGAUCAGUUAGAGGGAAAGAGUGUGGAAGAUCUCAUCAGAGAGAAUACAACUCUUAGCAGUUUUGUUCAGCAGUGUGGAGGAAGAUACCACAUCAUGAACAAUAAAGACAUGAGAAACAGAAAACAGGUGACAGACCUACUGCAGAAGAUUGACACAAUGAUAGAGCAGAACGGAGGAGAACACUACAGUAAUCAGAUGUUUGAAGAUACUCAGAGAUACAGACGAGAGGAAGAAGAGAGACAGAGUGAGGAAGAAGAGAAAGAGGAAGAAGAGAGACAGAGAGAUGAUCUACAUACUGAACCUGUGCAGGGAGCAAAGGAAAGCUGGAUUCAGAGAACAUGGAAGAAUACUAAAGAAUUUGUAUAUAACAAUUUCAGAAGGCACUUAAUUGCUGCAGCUCAAAUGAUUUAUUCAUUACCCCGUAGAAUUAUUAACCUUGUAAGCAGGGUGAGACUGACAUGCAUGACAGGAGAUGGGUCUAAUGUAUGGUCCUAUGAUCUUAAAGACAAAAGACAAACUAAAACUGAAGAAGCUCAGGAACUAAUAAAUUAAUGUAAGUGAGUUAGGUUUAGUCUGGAUUUCAGCAAUAUUUCAAAAUUGAUGUAUGAUAUGUACAAAGAUUUUCUGACACUUUUAAACUACCAGAAGCAAAUCUGCCAAUGAUAAUGGGAGAAACAGACUUUUAAAGUUGACCAAUCCUCCAUCAUCUAAAGAUAAAAAAAUACAAUACUGAUGUAGAUAUUUAAUUAUAUAUUUACUAAACAUAUUAGAAUUAUUUGUUGCUUUCUCCUGUUUUAGGACAAAAAAAAACAUAUAAAAUAAAAACAUAAAAACAAACAAUGUUUCUUAGUUCAUGUAACAAAGAUUUAAUCUCAAUAUUUUCCUUUAAAGCAUUAAGCAAUAUAUAAUCUGUGCAUCCUUCCAGAAAAUCAAAGAUAUCUAUGAAUGGUUCAUUUUAGCUUGAUCAAGAGUCAAGAGAGACAAGAGGCAUUUAUUUGACAUUUGCAUAGUUAACACUGGAGAAAACUGGGCAUUGAAAUGCUUGUGAUGAGGCUCAGACAUACAGUGACAAUAACAAGACAUAAGACAUAGACGUACAUGGAGAGCACUGAGAUGUUUGAGUGACUACAGUGCCCUUAGACAGAAAGACACGGACAGAGCAUUAUAUGCCCAUAAGUGGACGUAACUGGAACAAUAAAUGUAGACAGUGUUUAGAGUUAUGGUGUACAUAAGAAGUCCUGAGGUAAUAUUAUGAUUACUGGGGUAGAACGGUGUCUAAAAUGUCUUUGUAGAGUGACGUAGAGCUACAUGGAGGAAAAUUAAAGUGGCAGUGCAGAUGCAAUCAAUAAACUUAAGAGCAGUUCAUAUUCAGAUCUAUUCCUGAGUAGAGCAAUGUCCAAAAGUAAUUAUAGAGUGUC